AGUGGCAGUGAAGCCCGAGCGGAGGAGAACCAGCGGAGCUCCGAGGAGCAGCAGUCCGGGUGUCGGUGAGUGUCGUCCGGGCAGCAAGCAUGGUCCAGACGUGCUCGGCGUACGGCUGCAAGAACCGCUACCACAAAGACAAAGACAUCUCCUUCCACAAGUUUCCUCUGGCGCGUCCAGAUGUUUGUGGUAAAUGGGUUUCGGCGAUGAGGAGGAACAACUUCAAACCUACAAAGUACAGCAACAUCUGCUCGCAACACUUCACCAAAGACUGCUUCAAGAGGGAAUGCAACAACCGAGUCCUGAAGGAGAACGCAGUGCCGUCGCUGUUCACCUUCAACCUCGGCAUCAAGUCGGAGUCUCUGGAGGGUCCUUUCCCCUCGGAGAUCCACUUCCCUCUUCCUCUGCCUCUGACCUCCGACCCGGUGGUGGAGGAGGAGCCCGACCGGAGCCUGAGCGACGCCCGCGGCGACACGGCGGCGGUUUCCUGCGACCACAACUACACGGCGGAGGACUCAGCGCAGCAGAAGAAACGCAUCGAGCAGCUGGAGGAGCAGCUGGAGCGGCUGAGGAAGAAGCUGAAGACCACGCAGCAGAAAUGUCGGCGGCAGGAGAGGCAGCUGAAGAGGCUGAAGGUCGCCUGCGAGACGCCGGCAACGGGCCGCCAACCGCCGCCGGCGUUCGGCGAGGGAUACGUGAUCUUACCCAAACACAUCUACCACACUCUGAAGGGCAUCGAGUGACCAGACGCUGCAGCAGACUGACAUUAAUGGAGCUGCCGAGCCUCACAGAGAACCUUUCAUUACAAACCAGAGGAGGUCUGACUGAUGGAGACAGCAAACUCUUUACAGAUCAACCUUUUCUCCUUCCGUUUCCUAAAUUUGGGCUGCAGUGAAACGACUUUUUAAAUCGGUGGUUCAGCAUUUUGGGUUCGGUUUUUGGGGGAAGAUGUGUUGGAAAUAUUUUCCUGAUGAAAAACCAGCUGUUUUUUUUUUCUGUUGUUAGGAAACGCCCUUUAAAACCAAAAACUGCUGCUCAGAAAGCACCAAGUUAGCUUUUUUCACCCAACUAUGCUAAGCUAAGCUAAGCUUGGCUAGCUAUGCUCACAUUCUGACUACAGAUGUUAACAAUUAAUCACCCUUAAUAAUUAAACCGAUGAGGCAAAUGUGAAGGUUGUGCAUGUCUCUGUUCAGACAGCACCAACUUAACAUCUUUCACCCAACUAUGCUAAUCUAGGGCUAAACUAGGCUAACUAUGUUCACACUCUGACUACAGAUCUUGAUAAAUUUAUCACCCUUAAUAAUUAAACCAAUUAAAAAUAUAUUAACUGAUAAGGCAGAUGUGAAGGUCGUGAUGUCAGUAAAUGUAGAACAGCUGUAGUUCCUGGUUGUUCCACCAGGUGGAGCCUCUUCCUGUUUAAUCCUGUAGAGACCAGAGGAGGCGUCGCUCAGACUACAUUUCAUGUUGAAGCAGAGAGCAUUGUGGGAGUUUAGCUUGGAAAGGGGCACCAUGACAAAGACUUCUGUAAUGCUUAAUCGCUACCAACUGAAAAAACUAAACUUUGCUAGCACAUGCAGGGAUGUUCACUCGUUUCAUUUCCUGUCAUCAAUUCAUUGAUUAUUGAUUGAUAAGGCAGCCUAGUGUUGGCUCAGGAAAGUUUUCAAAAUUUGCGUCCCUAAUCCUGACUCAAGCUCCAUCUUUGAAGGUGGAUUCUGUGGUUCUUGAGAAAGACUGUUGAUUUUUAGUUGGCAUCUUUAGCUUGUUAGCACAUUUCCAUUUCCUUACCUGUAGUAACGCUAUCUGAGCUGCUUUGUUUCCCAUUUCAGAAGCAGAAAUGCUUCAGAACACUGGAUUUAUUUCAGCAGACCGCUAGCUGCUGUGAAGAAGUUUUUUAUUGGAGUAGAAUUGGGUUAUUCCAUCCUAAACCAUCACAGGUCUUCGGUUCGACCAUCUUUCUUCAACCAUGCAGUGACUAAACCACGUAUUUACCGUAUAAACACCAUAUAAAGGACUGAUGCGGUUCUUCUGUCUCUCUGUCGUUUAAAAGCACAUUCAUGGUUCCCAAAAUGUUGAACUCAUCUUUAAAGGUUCUUGUGUGGUUUUAAGGAUGCAGGUUGGCGCUAAAAAAGCAAAACAAAGUGUGACUUUAACCUCUUUUCUUUACCUAAAAGGAGAAAAAAUCCUGUCUGAGGAUUUAAAUUUAAGUUUGUGUAACAAAGGGAACAUUUGUUCUUUUUGCUUUGUUUUUCAGUUUUUCUUCACAUAAACAGGAUGCAAAAACACGACGUGAAGUGUUUGAACAAGUGUUUGUGUUUUAGUGCAAUAAACUGCAAACACAACGAA